UAAAUUUAUUCGAAUUUCACUAAACUCGGAGUGACACGAAGCCGCUAAGUGCGCUAAAAACUGAACGGAAUUUCAAACGACAUAACAAAUCGCUUAAAAUUGACCGAUAAUCGAAGGAUUUGAAAAAGAGUUCAUUUUAAAAAUAACACUCUGGAUCUCUAACUUUCUCGCCAAGGUCUUCGGGUGUAUGGUGCGUGUAAAAUUCGGGUGAAAGACAAACGUCAAGCUGUGAAUACUAUCGGUCCGCUGUCAAGAAAGAAUCUAACAAAUAGAAAUUUGCAACGAUGGCCAUCUUCAUGCGACUGAUGCUGGUUGUGGGGGUGUUUUUCGGAGGAAGUCAGAGUCUGCCAAAUGGAGCGCCGACGAGGACUUGUCUGGACUUGAGGCCUCUUCAUCCGGGUGGUUCGCUGCAAAAUUCGCCUCCACCAUAUGAGGUUCUGCCAGCAGCUGGGCAAGGCAGAGUAAGGCUGAUAUUGGGAAGCCCUCAGGGUUUGGCCUACGAAGGCUUCAUGAUGGUCGCCAGAGACGUUGACACCGGCGAGUUCGUCGGCGAGUUUGUCAGCCUGCCCGACGGCGCCAAGGUCCUGGAGUGUACCGAGGGACUCAAGAACGGAGUUACGCACAUAAACACGGACAGUAAACAGAAUCUCGAGUUCGACUGGGAAGCACCGGAAGACUACGUUGGGACGAUUAUUUUCAACUCUACAUUCGCCCAAGACUAUUCCACGUACUGGGUCGGCGUUGAGUCACCGAGGGUCAGCGUACUCCGAAGGUCCAUCGACGUAAAGACGGUCCCAACCGCGGCGACUUCUCCCAGGACAACUACGCCUCCGAUUUACACCCCCUCUGUCGAAGACAGGGCUCCAGUCACUGACGAUCCAUUCUACAAUGGUUGUGGAUCAACGAAAAAUUGCUUUGGAACUCCAGACAAUUGCGUCCGAAAUAAGAAUUGCAAGGCCGCUGUCUCAGUUCUGGUUCGUGGAGAACGCUACCUCUUCGAGAUGACAGCCCGUAAGAGCGCCUACGUCGCGGUCGGGCUUUCGACCGACAGUAAAAUGGGUGAAGACAGCGUGGUAGAGUGCGUCAACAACGCGACUUCUGUGGACCUAUUCACGUCUUGGAAUGUUGGAAAAACGAACACGAGACAGUCGACCCCACGUGGACUCGUGCAAUUCGACUCUGGCACGGUCACCGACGACACGAUAACCUGCAGAUUCUGGAGAGAAAAGUCAACCAUCGUUGAAGGCCGGCAGUUCGACCUCGUCAACACCCCUUACCACUUGUUGGUCGCCGCCGGAAGUGCUUUGAGACGCAACGGCGUCGAUUUCCACGACGUCGCCUACGCCGCCUCCGGUGAAGCGAAACUCCUGUCGGAUGUCGGGGGUUUCUUGGCGGCCAGCAACCUUCUUAUUCGAGUCCACGGGGCCUUGAUGCUUGCCGCCUGGGUCGGCGCGGCCUCUAUCGGCAUCCUUUUGGCCAGAUACUACAGGCAGACGUGGGUCAAUUCUCAGCUCUGUGGAAAGGAUCAGUGGUUCACGUGGCAUAGAUUCUUCAUGCUCCUCACCUGGUCCCUGACCAUCGCUGCCUUCGUUAUAAUCUUCGUCGAGCUCGAGGCUUGGAGCACUGCAACUCUGCACGCUUCCUUCGGCCUGGCCACAACGAUCUUGUGCUUCGUCCAGCCUUUCAUGGCUGCGCUGAGGCCUCACCCCGGCACACCGCGAAGAACGAUCUUCAACUGGAGUCACUGGUUCGUCGGGAACGCCGCCCACAUCUGCGGCAUUGUCGCCAUAUUCUUCGCCGUUCCAACGAACAAGGCGAGGCUCCCGGAUUGGGUGACCUGGGUGAUGGUGGCCUACGUCGUUUUCCACAUCCUCACGCACCUCAUUCUAACGUUCGCCGGAUGUGCCUCCGACCGGCAAGCCAGCCACCGUAUCAAUUCCUUCCCAAUGAAGGAUAUGCACGCGAGAAGCGCGAUGACGCAUCCAGACGCCAGGCGGGACGCGCCCCAAGCCGGACUGAGGAAGACGAUCUUUGGCCUUUACUUCGUAAUCGUUGCCUGCUUCAGUGCCGCCCUCAUCGUCAUAGUCGUCCUGGCACCAAUCGAAGAAACUUGGGCCUCCUUGACCAGCACCAUAUCGAAGUAUUGAUCUGCCACAAUACGGCGUUCCGCUCCGACCGUAUCCAUAUGAUACUUAAUAAUUGUGCAAAGGAAUAUCGUUCUUCAUUUAUCAAUUUCCUUCUUUUAUCCAAUAUUUUUUUUCGAUCUUCCGAUAUUCAUAGUCCUUUGUAUAAAAUUCUUUGAACAUCGCGAAAGGCUCAAGUUAUGAGUUUAUGAUAUAAGGGAUAGGCGGUGUGGCGUGUUCUUGAAGCCUGUAAAUUGUCCAGUACUAAGUACAAACAAAGCCAGAGAAGUUUUGCAACGGAGUUGUCGUAGUUUCCAUAAAUAUAUUUAUAAUAUUCGUAUACAAAAAAUGAAUUUUAUAAAUUUUAUAUACGUGUUUGAUACUUAUACAUUUAUACAUACCUGUAAUGUUGACCAAUAUUAUGUACACCGUCCAACGAGCUCUUAUUUACGACUGCAAUAAUAAUUGUACCCACCUUCAUACAAUGAUAAUUGACCCUAAGUGCGUACUUUAAGGCGGUUGAUUGCAGGAAAAGGAAAAUAAGAAAAAUUGUAUCGUACGUUUUAAGAAACUUUACCCGAUAGGCUUUCACAUUACACAUUGUUGUUGAUAUUGAAUUAUUAUUAUUAACCCAUUUUUGUAGUUAUUAAUUACUUAUGCAUAUUCUAGGUACAUGUACAAACUACGCGAUACCUAUAAAUGGCAUUUUUUAUAAACCGUAUACAUACGCAAAUAUACAUUUUAUUUUCCGUGUUUUAAAAAUAAUACCAUAGCAUCAGGUGCUUGCUCGUUGAAUGCGUACAAGUAUUUAAUUUCGUUUUGGAAAGAUAAUUUAUUUACAUAUUAUAUUAUUAAUUUACAUACCUAUUUAGUAUAGUGUUAUUUAAGUCGAUAUACAUAUGCGUACACGGUAUAAGUUGACAUUUUUUUUAGAAAUUCCUGUUGAUUUUCAAAUAAUUUAUCGCAGUUGCAGAAUGUUCAAAAGUCGUUCGGUUACUGUUUCACGUAAUGCUCAAAAGUUGUAAUAACUGACCGAUGUAACAAGGAAAAAGCAAUAUCAGAUCGCAUCGACGUAUGUAUUUUUACGCACAUAGAUUAUAUAUUAGUAGUAUUAUACAUGUACGCUCAAUGAAACGUAAUAAACAUCGACAGUACGAA